UAGGUGCAAAUCCCAGUGCUCUGGCAAUGUUCAACGCUCUCCUCGGAGACGAAAUUUGGAGCACCAUCGCAUUACACACAAAUGCCUUUGCAUGCGAGAAACAGCGUUUGCAUCCCGAUCCCGGUUGGCAUGAAACAACACCAGAUGAAAUGAAAGCUUACUUCGCCAUGUGUGUUUUGAUGAGCCAAGUGAAAAAAAGCACUAUUCAAUCUUAUUGGUCAACAAGAACUGUUAUAAGCACACCAUUUUUUGCUUCUGUGAUGUCAAGGCAGCGUUUUUGGGCACUCUCAAAAUAUCUGCAUUUCUGCGACAACUCUCUCCCUCAAAGUGGAGAUAGACUGUGGAAGUUGCGCCCUGUGCUCGACCACGUACUGAAAUGCAUUGACACAGCCUAUGAUCCGGAAGAGUGUCUGGCAGUUGAUGAAAGCCUUAUGAAGUUUCGUGGUAGGCUCUCCUACGUCCAGUUUAACCCUUCGAAACGGGCAAGAUUUGGCCUUAAGUUCUAUAAACUGUGUGAGUCUUCAAGCGGCUACUGCCUGAAGUUUUCGAUUUACACAGGAAAAAGUGAGAAGACUCCAGUUACCGCCGGAUUGUUGUGCAGUGAGGCAGUUGUAAUCGACCUUCUUGAAAAACGUCUGCCCGAUGGCCACACAGUGUUUAUGGACAACUGGUAUUCUUCGCCAUUGCUGUUUCGUCACCUAAAAGAAGCUGGUUCAAAUGCUGUCGGCACAGUCCGCCUUCACCGAAAGAACAUGCCGAAGGAUUUCAAGGCGAAGCUGCAAAAAGGCGAAUGCAAGUCCCUCUUUGCGCGAGGCAUCAUGGCCCUCACUUGGCAAGAUAAAAAGCAGGUCACAAUGCUGUCAACAUGCCACAGUUCAACUGGUCUCACUGAUACUGGAAAAAAGGGUCGCAAGACUGGCUUGCCAGUUCUGAAGCCGCAGGUUGUAAUCGAUUACAACCGAGGCAUGGGUGGAGUGGAUCGCGAGGACCAACAACUGGCUUCCUUUCCAAUUAUGCGAAGAUACGCCAAAGGCUACAAGAAAAUCUUCUUUUAUAUUAUGGACAUCGCUGUUUAUAACAGCUACGUUUUAGCUGCCAAAGCAUCAGGCAAGCGGCUCCACUACACAGACUGGAAAGUGAACCUCGCAGAGGAGAUUCUCGAAGCGGCCGUUUUGCCCCAGUACCAUGGUAGACGUAAGCCGCCUGUCGCGGCUACACCAAUGCGGCUGCAGGCUUCGGAGUGGGCUCAUUUUCCUCGCAAUAUCCCACCAAACAAAAUCAAGCAGAAUCCGUCCAGGCUAUGCUUAGUCUGCAAGACACACGGGAAAAAGUCGGAGAGCCGAUGGGAAUGUGAAAAAUGUGAAGUUGCACUUCACAUGCCUGUAUGCUUCAAAGCUUUUCAUACACGCAAAUCAUAUUAGGCGGUAUGAUGCAGCGAUCCCUUCCGAAUAGAAUA